AUGCUACCUAUAAGUAAACAUAACAAAACUUGUCCCGACGAGACUGGAGAUCCCUGGGGCACUUUGCGCCCACGCGAUGUCCGUCUCCAACUCUACCUCUCCCUAGGCCUAGGCGUGGGCGCAUUUCUUAUCUUUUGCUUUCUUCGCCCACGAUGGAAAGGCCUCUACGCUGCGCGCAAGAAGCAGAAGAACCUCGCAACGGCGCUCCCCGACCUCCCCGACAGCUUUUUCGGCUGGAUGAUACCACUAUGGAACAUCACCGACGAACAGGUGCUGGCCUCGGCUGGCCUCGAUGCCUACGUGUACCUUGCAUUCUUCAAAAUGGCAAUCAAGUUUCUGCUCAUCACCCUCUUCUUCGCCCUCGUCGUCAUCAAGCCAGUACAUGAUACCCACCAGGACAAAGAGGGAAAGAAAUCUCCAAUCCACAUCGACCCAGGCUCUGAGCACAUUGAGGUUCGCAGUACCUUUACUACGUUUGCCGCCGAAUAUGAACGCUACACCGACUAUCUGUGGAUGUAUCUCGUCUUCGUCUACCUCUUCACCGCCCUUAUCUUAUACUUGAUUGUCUCGGAAACUAGAAGGAUUAUUGAGAUUCGACAAGAGUACCUUGGCGGCCAGACUACCAUCACCGACCGAACCAUCCGGCUUUCCGGUAUUCCCGUCGAUCUUCGCUCGGAAGACAAGAUCAAGGCGUUCAUCAUGGAUCUUGGUAUCGGAACGGUGGAGAGUGUAACGCUAUGCAAGAACUGGAAGGAGCUGGAUAGCAAGGUUAUUGAGAGGCGUGGCAUCGUCAGAAAGCUCGAGGAAGCCUGGACUGUUCAUCUUGGUAGCCGAAGGGUGGAACGCAGCCUCGAGACUCUUCCGGUAGUCCAACCACAACCACCAGAGCCCUUGGCCGAUGACAGCAACAACGACAACGAGAGAAGCAAUUUCCUGAGCGACACAGAGCGCGACUCUAGCCACAUCGUCCCCUAUGCCAAGAAGCGCCCGAAAAUCAAACUAUGGUACGGCCCUCUCAAGCUAAGAUAUAAGAAAGUGGAUGCCAUCGACUAUUAUGAAGAGAAGCUGCGAAGAAUCGACGAUGAAAUCAGAGCUUUGCGCAAGAAGGAGUUUGAACCAAUGCCUCUGGCGUUUGUGACAAUGGACAGCGUUGCGAGUGCUCAAAUGGCGAUUCAGGCCGUACUCGACCCUUCACCAUUGCAACUCUUGGCAAGAAACUGUCCAGCACCGUCAGACGUUGUCUGGUCAAACACGUAUCUGACUCGUUCUCAAAGGACGUUCAGGUCUUGGUCCAUCACAGUCGUCAUCGGCAUUCUGAGCGUGUUCUGGACGGUUCUUUUUGUGCCCAUUGCCGGUGCUCUAAACACAUGUUCUAUUGCUGGGGUUCUCCCUGGGCUUGCGGAGCUGUUGGAGAAGCAUGAAACUCUUGAAUCAAUUGUCAACACCCAACUUCCGACGCUGGCAUUGACUCUUAUCAACGUAGCUGUUCCUUUUCUAUACGACUGGCUUGCAAACAAGCAAGGCAUGAUCUCGCAGGGUGAUGUUGAGCUAUCAGUCAUUUCGAAAAACUUCUUCUACACCUUCUUCAACUUCUUCAUACUCUUCACUAUCCUAGGAACAGCGUCCGGGUUCCUGGCUAUCCUUGAGGGCUUUGCCGAAAAACUCACAAGUGCCACGGAGAUUGCAUAUGCUCUGGCUACCUCACUUUCCAACUUGUUAGGCUUCUAUACCAACUUCAUCAUGUUGCAAGGGUUCGGAGUCUUUCCGUUCCGACUGCUGGAAUUUGGCGCUCUUUCCCUGUACCCGGUCUACUUGAUGGGUGCUAAAACACCUCGGGACUACGCUGAGCUUGUGCAGCCGCCAGUCUUCAGCUACGGUUUUUACCUGCCGCAGACGAUUCUCAUCUUCAUCAUCUGCAUGGUCUACAGUGUAUUGAAGGACUCUUGGCAGGUUUUGCUUACUGGCCUAGUCUACUUCAUGAUUGGCCACUACGUUCACAAAUAUCAGCUUUUGUAUGCUAUGGAGCACCGCCAGCACUCAACUGGAAAAGGUUGGACUAUGAUGUGUGACCGCGUCAUUGUCGGCGUUGUCCUCUUUCAGAUCACUGUCGCUGGUCAAUUGGCUUUGAAAAAGGCUUUCAGGCGCGCAGUGCUCAUAGCCCCGCUCGUGGUUGGUACUCUGUGGUUUUUGUUUGUUUUUGCACGCACCUAUCGGCCACUGAUGAAGUUUAUUGCUCUCAAAAGCCUGCGAAGGCCAGAGCAAUCUGACCUGGGUCGCGAUGUACAAGAAGAAUCCUUUGGCCCUGGGCGAAAUGGCCGAAGGAUCAUGGGCAGACUCACCUUGGACGAAGCCCGCGAGAGCGGUCUACGUUUUGAGAAUCCUAGUCUGGUUAUGCCGCUUGACAAUGUUUGGAUCACCAACAAACCCGCAACAUCUCCAAGUGGAUCAGAUAGUUCGGCGACCAAUGGUGCUGACGGCAACUGGAACUAA